AUGGCAUAUGGCGCAGGGAAACCGCUGGCCUCUCCCGCAGGCAAUGGCUUGCUGGACAAGGACGUGGAAUUUCCCAAAGGUCCUGAAGACACCAUCUCAGCGCUGCGCUGGUCGCCUGUGGGCAAUCAUCUGGCGGCCUCGUCCUGGGAUGGCAAGGUCUACAUCUACGAUGCCUCAAACUCGACAUCAACUGCCAGUAUCCGGGGCGUCGCAGCCAUCACUGUCGGCGCUCCUGUGCUCGGCUGCGACUUUAGUAAGGACGGAACCAUCGCGGUCGGCGCAGCCGCAGACAAGACCAUCCACCUCAUGGACCUCAACUCGAGCCAGACCAUGAAGCUGGAAGGCCACACCGCGCCUGUCCGCACAGUCCGCUUCGUCGAAGUCCCCUCCGCCAACGCGCCCAUCAUUGCGUCGGGCUCCUGGGACAAGACCGUGCGCUACUGGGACCUGCGCCAGCCUCAGUCCAUUGGCACGCUCCAGCUGUCGGAGCGCGUCUACGCCAUGGAUGCUGCCGGGCCGCUACUCUUCGCCGCCACAGCCGACAACCAACUCCACUUCGUCGACCUGCGCGCCAACCCGCUCCAGCUGUGGAGAUCCACCAAAUCCCCGCUGGCGCGCCAGACAACCGCCGCCUCGGUCUGCUCCGACGGUUCCCGCUGGGCCGUUAGCAGCAUCGAAGGCCGGGCGGCGGCCCAAGCCGCUGAUGAGAAGGAUAAGAAGAGGUUCCAAGACCUGACCUUUAAAUGCCACCGCGAACCGUCCCCCGCCAAGAAGAACCAGACCGACGUCUACGCCGUCAACGCCCUCUGCUAUUCCCCGGCCCACAAGGACGUGCUCGCCACGGGCGGGUCCGACGGCACCUAUAACGUCUGGGACGUGGUGACCCACCGCCGCCUGCGCUCCUUCCCCAGGGCGAGCGGGCCCGUCACGGCGCUGAGCUUCAGGCCUGACGGCAUGGCUCUUGCGUAUGCGGUCGGCUACGAUUGGUCGAAGGGGUACACGCACAACAAGCCUGAGACGGAGAAGAAGAUUGUUCUGCGUAUCCUUGGGGAGGCGCCCAAGAAGUGA